UCUCUUUUAGAAAGAAUAUAUCGAAUAGGAAUUAGAAAUUCUAUAGAUUGAAGAAAACCAGAUAACAACAUAAAGUGGCAAAAAGUAAAAAAAGGUGAACAUGAGCUAACAAAACACUUCACAAAAAAAUCAAGAUUAAGCAAUACGAACCACACCAUAAAUCUUUGGUGCAAUUAUGUGAAUUUGUGUGCUCCUUAAGGCUAGAAAUUCGAGCUUCUCUUAUGUCUUUCAGCGUGUUAUUGAUUACAAUUUUAAAUCUGCUAUUAAGUCUUAUUCAGUUAUUUCACAAACGAAAAUAGGCCGACAGUACGGCAUGUUGCAUUGCUACAUCAACAACAGGUACAAAACAUUUACAUAGUUUAUAACCGGAAUGUUUGCUUCAUAUAUUAUGUUAUAUGAAAUCCAGUGAAAAUAAUAAAACAUCUUCUUUAUAUGUGAAGAUAUGAUUGUGUUCAGUCCGCUAUAAUGUUUUACUGACUUAAGAGAUCAAUAUGUAUAUUAUUCUACUCAUUUCAGCACUGUUACCUUUUGGACCUCACGGAAAACGCUCAAAACGUUUAUGUAACAAACUAGACCUUCUCAUGGAUCUAGCUUCCGGACAAAGUGUACAUAUGAAUGGUGCAGUUGAGUGUUCCGGUAAAUCUGCUAAUGCGCUCGUAAUGAAACAUUGUAAAGCUCCUUCUCGAUCAGAAUGGCAAAAAGGGAUCCAAAUAAAAGACAACUGUCCUUCCAUUUGGAACUAUGUACCAGCCGCUCAGUGGAUAAAUGGUGAUUUGCAAAGUAUAGCUGGUGUAGUGGUGUCCUGCAGCAGUACUGUUAUUGAGAUGAUUUCACAAGUUUGUGGAGGACACAUUUCCUUAUCAAAUAUUACAAGUCCUUUGUUAGACACGCUGUAUGUUGUAGAAUGGAACUAG